ACCGAUAUAAACGAGUCCUCCGUCCUGAAGAGUCCUAGAGUCAACAUGAAGGAGAUGUGGGUCGUACUCCUGGGGCUACUGGUGGUCCCUGCACUCGCUGAGAACAAAGAUGAUGCAGAUUUUCAAGUAUUAAAUUUAGAAACAGACGCUCAGAAAAAUGCUGCAAUAGAAAAUGUAUCCCCACUGUUAGCUAGGCUGAGGAGGUCACCAACGCAUCAUCACAAGAAGACCUACGGAGGCGGCGCCUACUGCUCGGUGUGCGCCGGGGGCAGUGGGCCUGGAGGCGGCUACGGGGGUGGUGGCUAUGGACAGGAACACAGUGGCGGUGGAGGUUGCGGCCCCAGUGGAUGUGGAGGUGGCGGGGGCGGCGGUGGACAUUAUGGAGGUGGAGGUGGAGGUGGGGGCGGUGGAGGCGGCACUAUAGUCGUCAUCCCUAUCAAGACUAAGCCAGUUUACGGGGGUGGAGGUGGAUACCCAGGAGGUGGUGGUAGCUACUAUCCAGGAGGCGGUGGUGGCGGUGGACACUAUGGCGGCGGAGGUGGCUGUGCUAGCGGCAACUGUGGAGGCGGUGGAGGAUAUCCAUCAGGGGGUGGAGGUGGACACUAUGGCGGCGGAGGUGGUGGCUAUCCGUCAGGGGGUGGAGGUGGCUACCCGUCAGGUGGCAACCACAUAGGUGGUGGAGGUGGCGGAUGUUCCACCUGUGGUGGCGGCGGGGGCGGACAUAGUGGCGGGGGCGGUGGCUCAUACUCUCAAUCUUCUGCGUCCUCUUCUGCCCAAAGCUCCUCAGGCUCCUUCUCCGGAGGAUGGUGAUGACUGUGUAAUGACCUUGAACUUCCUCCAAGGUCAAACUGCUCAAGGAUCAAGCUGCGCGUCAUCCUCUCUCCUUGAUUUUCCCGGUGAACCUCACAAUAAAUGUUUUGUACUUA